AUGAAGGGGUCGGGCUUUAAUGGACACCUUGAACUUCCAAAGCCGUCAAGACAGCUGAUCGGAGUCCGGAGUCACGAUGAACUACACACGCUGUUGCGGGCAAGACAACAGGAGGUGGUACGGAAGGAAGGGGCGGAUCCGGCAGCCGACCUUAGACGGCAAGAGGAGAAAGGGGCGCUCAGUCCUAGGAGCUUGUACCAAAAGAACAAAAUCGCGCGGGAGCAGCUAUCUCUGCAACUUCUGAUGCAUCUCAACGGCGAGCAAAUGGCCAGCAUCAAGGCUGAAUUUCAUGCCCACGACGACGAAGUGGACCUGGAAGACUUCUGCGACAUCAUGGAGAGACACCAGCCUGAAAACCUCGUCGUGACCAAUUCGGGCGGGAGUGAUGGAGGCGACAGCGAUGGCGAAGGUGAUGGCCAUGAGAACGACGACGAUCCGACUGAUGGCGGUGCUGGCGGGCGAGCAAACAAGAAGGAUGCUGGAGGUGGAGCUGGCGGCGGCGGCGUUGGAAUUGGGGGUGGAAAAGUCGUGUUUACUCGAGAGGAAGUAAUCUCCAACCUCGUCGAGCUUUUCAAAGAGGUCGACAUCAAUGGAGACGGUAUGAUGGAGUGGGAUGAGUUCACGCGCUUUGUGGUGGUCAAAGCGCAGCUACACCACGCGCAGAUGAGCAUCGACCAACUCGCGGAGUACCGCCAGGGGUCUAGACAGGUAGAGGUGGUGAGUUACAACCGAAGCUGCGAGACUGUGGAGCAGUUAUGUUAUAUUCCGGGCUCCCACCAGCUGGCUGUCAUACAGGUGCCGCUUACGAUGGCCUACUGUGGGGACCACCAUACCCUGGUCACCGCCUCGGCCGAUAUGACGCUGCUGCAGUGGUACCUUGACGAUAUCCCCUCCAUCAAGCACUUCACGCUGAAAAGCAGAUGGCCCACCAAACACGCGGCGAUGUCCAUGUGCUGGUCGAGCUCUCACCGCCUGCUUUACUCGGGAACUACCGCUGGAUCCAUUCAAGGGUGGGACAUCGGUGAGCGGCAGGAGAUGGUCACGCUCAAAGGACACUCGGAUAUCGUCAUGGGCAUGAUGGUUAUGAGCUCGCUCGACAACCUCGUUUCCGCCAGUCUCGACACCAGCAUUCGCGUGUGGGACACUUACACCCAAAAGCCCGUUCAGACGUUGCAAGGUCACAACAAGGGGGUACACUCCUUGAGUUAUAGCUCUCAGUACCGGUGCCUUGUUUCGGCGGGGUUCGACCACGAAGCUCACGUCUGGUCACCGUUCGUGAACUCCCUCUUGAAUAGGCUCAAGGGUCACCACGCGUCGCUAGUGGGUUGUCAAGCCGUGGAAGGAACGCCAGAGCUCAUCACUGCGGACAGUUCUGGUGUUGUCAAGUUGUGGGAUCUCCGGACUUUCCACUGCGUGCAGACCUUCCAGGCGAACAACGACGGAGAGAUGCCGAAAGACAAGGCUUCCACCUCGUGCUUCGUCCACUUCAAAAUGCCCCCUCUCAGGUCCAACCAGGAGCAGGACGAACAUCGGUUGGUUCUGGCGAGAGGAAAGCGACUGCUUCCUUUCGACCAGUACCGCUGCAAGACGGAAGCAAUCACCGACGAUUUUGCUGUGACGUGCGCGUGCUUCAAUCACACCUCGCUCACUAUCUUGACGGCCACUGAGAAGACGGUCAAGAUCUGGGAUGCCGUGGGAGGGAUUCUUAAGGGGGUUUUCAAGGGCAUCACUGGCGCGGAUAUCACGGCGGUCUGCCUAGAUGACAGGGAACGCAAAUUCAUUCUCGGCAACGCCAAGGGCGAAGUGGCAGUCUACAACUUCAGGAAUGGGGCAAAGAUGAAAGACCUCGACACGCAAGCCGGGCCCAUCGCCGGGCUGAUAUACUGCGCUCGACGCUGCAACCCGGAGGACGGAAUUCUCAUCUGGGGCUUCGGGACCGGAAGGCAGGAGCAUGUCCUGGCCCACGGCAAAGCAGAAGGUUUGGUGAGCAGCGUGGCGUCCCUGGUAUUCUUGGAUCCCCACCCUCUGCUCUUGGCCACCUACUCUGACGGGACGAUACGCUUGUGGGGCGUCAAGGGGAGCCCGCUCAAAGGAUUGAUGGUCUUGAUGUUUCCCAACCAGCCACCAAAGGAGGCGCUCUUUUGGGGAGGGGAAGAUGCGGAAUACCCGCUGUUGAGACUUCCGCCUUCCACGGCAAAGAACCCACCCACAGAGCAGAAACUCGGGACUACUGGCGCCGACCAAGGCGGUCAAGAACCGAUAGGCGAAACCAAGGAAGAUACAACUACCACGGCAACUUCUGAGGUUGAUGGGCGGGGGGUGGGGAAAGGCGUUGCGUUGGGGUCUAUUGGCCAAGGCGGAGAGACACCUACUCAAGAAGAAGAGGAUGAACAGGCAUUCUCGACAUGGAGGGUCCAUCCUCGCAUGACUCCUCGCAAAGAUCAAGCCUUACAGGUCAUCAGUACAACGUGGGACCCCGAGAGCGCUUGCCUUUUCACCGGGGAUGAAACGGGAAGGCUCCGUUGUUGGAGUCUCCGCAAGGUGUUGGGAGCUCUUGGAGCAGAGUCCACGCGGGAGUCCGCGGCGGAAGAGGGCCAAGCAAGCUCUCAGGAAUGCGAAACUGAGGCGACCGAGAGUCUCGGACCCGGAGGUCGGCGGGACGGAGCGGGGGCCGUGGCCGCGGGCGAGGCUGGUAGCCUAUUGCGAACGGAGGACAGUGGAGCAAGGAGGGGGAGCACGGAAAGUAGGAGGAAGAGCAGUGUUAGCUUGACAAUGUCACCACUCUCCGUCACCAGGGUCACGAAACAUAUGGUAGAUUUCCUGUGGGGCGCGGAGAGCGCGCACGAAGAUUCCAUCGGGCUGGUCGUCCUCGUGUCUACAGACCCCCCUGCUCUGUUGACGAGCGGUGCGGACCGCUGCGUAAAGGCCUGGAGGCUCGAUGGUAGGCCGCAGGGGAUGCUCCUGCAAGGGCUGGCGCCUCACGCGCCAAACCCACGGUGGUCCUUCAGCGUCAACGUUGAAGCUCUGGCUCAAGCAGAAAACGCCGAAGCUAGAACUGUGCUGUCAGCGAUGAAGGAGCGCGCCGCCAACAACCGUCUCGCAGCGCAAGAGGCCGCAGAAGCUGCAAGGUUCCCCGACCCUGACCCACAGCGUCGCUACCACCAUCACCACCACUACCACCACCAACAGCAGCAUCGUCGUAAACGCAGUAGCACCGGUGGUGUCUCUCUUCCACCUGCGGAACCGUCCCCGCUGAAGCAGGCUCAGCUGUUGCGGCAGCGCAAAGAAAAUACAGCGGCAAUGGCACGGGCUGCUGUAGAGAAAGGGUCUAAAAUUGGUGGUGAUGGAAGAAGUGACGGGCAACCGAUGCCGGAGGCGGAGGUCAGUGAAGGCGGCUCGGAGGUCACGUUCACUUCUUCACGAGAGGUCAUGCGUCACGCGGCGUUGCAGGCGAUGUCGGAAAGCAUGGGGAAUUAUCGCAAGAGCGACUCCUGCAGCGACUGGACAAGCUCCACGUCAUCUUCAAGGUCUUCUUAUACUAGGUUCAAGGGUCGUCCGUCAGUAGUACCCCCCGCUCCCGGUAGACGGCGAGGGAGGCCUGCAGCCGGCCUUUCGGCUGUCGUUGAUCGCGUUGGCAAGCUGCUGGAUCAAGCGGAGAGCUUCUCAGCUGAGCAUACCAACCGUUUCGGUGGUCGUCGGUCGAAUCUAUCGGAUUUUGCCCAAGGAGCAUUGCUUGCAGAUCCGCGCAGGAUCCCCCCCCCUAGUACAAAAAAAAGUGCUGAUACUGCGAUGACAUUUCGAUCGGCUGUGCUGGGUGAAACGGCGAGUGGAAGCGGAGGCGGUAGCCAAGCCAGCAAAUCAGAACCGCGGGGGGGGCGAUGA